AUGUCCAGCUCGGAGAUCAGCUCCUCCUGCUUCGGGAAGGAGACGAGGUCGCCAUCAUCCCCCCCAUCAGCGGAGGCUAGUGCCGGGCGCUCCGGGGGGCCUGCGCGGGCAGACGUGGGGGAGGAGGAAGAGGAACCCAAAGACAUCAUCAAGUUCACGGCCGAGAAGCUGUCGGUGGAGGAGGUCUCGCAGCUGGUGACGUCCCCGCUCUGCGGAGCCGUGUCCCUGUUUGUGGGGACCACAAGGAAUCACUUUGAAGGGAAAAAAGUCGUGAGCUUGGAGUACGAAGCGUACGUCCCGAUGGCGGAAAGCGAAGUCCGGAGGAUUUGCAGCGACCUGAGGCAGAAGUGGCCGGUCAGGCACAUCGCGGUGUUCCACAGGCUCGGCCUGGUCCCCGUGGCCGAAGCCAGCGUCGUCAUCGCCGUGUCCUCGGCCCACCGGGCUGCGUCCCUCGGAGCCGUGAGCUACGCCAUCGACGCCCUGAAGGCCUCGGUGCCGGUGUGGAAGAAGGAAAUCUAUGAAGAAUCGUCAUCUUGGAAGAGAAACAAAGAAUGCUUCUGGGCACCCGGCAAUUAA